CCUAGAGUCAACAAAGGGGCAUGGAUCAGGUGUGUAAGACUCCGCCCAUUUUACCUGUCUAUUUCAGACUGGAGUCUAUAAAAAGGCAAAUGAGCCCGUAAAGUUCAUGAUCCGGAAUAAAUGUUCACUUAUACAUCAUCUCUUACCAGCAAGAUAAACACAUUCGGGAACAAUGGAUUCUCCACCUCCUUACUCGGAGAAACCGGAGACGAUGUCUGAGAAAAAUGGUACUGUUAACGGACAGCUGAAAGGGAUUGACAACAAGGCUUUUGACACCAAGGACGAAAAAGUGGACAUUGCAACGGAACCGGAAGAGUUCGACCCAUGGGCUUUACCGGAACUUAAGGACACCGGAACCCCAUGGAAUGAGUUAGACAGCUGCGGUAAGGUGGUCCGCGUCGUGUGGACCAUAGUACGGAUUCUGCUGUUUCUGCUCGCACUCUAUGUCUUCUUUUGUUCCCUGGAUUUCCUGAGCUCAGCUUUUAAACUGCUCGGAGGUAGGGCGGCUGGUGAGGUGUUCAGUAAUAACGAACUUCUGAGUAAUCCGAUCUGUGGAGUGAUGAUCGGGGUCCUGUCCACGGUCCUGGUUCAAAGUUCAUCAACCAGCACGUCCAUUGUCGUCAGCAUGGUGGCAGCCGAUAUCCUGGACGUCAGACAAGCUAUCCCGAUCGUGAUGGGUGCCAACAUCGGAACUUCCGUUACGAACACGCUUGUCUCCAUUGGUCAGAUCACGGACGUCGGCGACUUCCGGCGAGCGUUUGCAGGUGCCACGGUUCACGACAUGUUUAACUGGCUGGCUGUCAUUGUUCUUCUGCCUCUUGAAGUACUAACGGGUUAUUUGUAUGAACUGAGCAAAUUGGUUGUGGACAGUAUGCACUUACAAACAUACGAGGAUGCCAACAAAGAUUUGUUGAAGGCCAUAACCAAACCAUUCACAAAGCUGAUCGUCGAAGUUGAUUCAAAGGAGAUCAACAAGAUCGCUACCGACGGGGAGACGGAUAUCAGUCUGUUGAAGACUUGCUGUAAGUCAAAGACCAUCACUAAACUAAACAUGACCGGCAGCGUCAUCAGCGAGAAGAUCUGCACCAAAAACUGUUCCCAUUUGUUUAUGGGUUCGGGACUCACGGACGCCGGGGCAGGAAGUAUAAUGUUGGUUGUAUCCCUUAUCCUCCUUUGCGUUUGCCUCUUCAGCAUUGUCAAGAUCUUGAACUCCCUUCUACAAGGCAAUAUCAGAAAAGUCAUCAAGAAGUUUGUCAACUACGAAUUCCCCGGGAAAGCCGCUUACUUUACUGGCUACCUCGCCAUUCUGAUCGGAACUGGUCUGACCAUUCUCGUCCAGUCCAGUUCUAUAUUUACCUCGACCAUGACACCGUUAGUGGGGGUGGGCGUGAUAGGCCUUGACAGGAUGUAUCCUUUGACCCUGGGCUCCAAUAUCGGAACAACCACCACUGGAAUUUUGGCUGCUCUGGCGACGGAUACAUCUGAUGGAUACAUGCAUCUCCAAAAUUCACUGCAAGUUGCGAUGUGUCAUCUGUUCUUCAACUUGAGUGGAAUCCUCCUCUUCUAUCCACUAACCUUCAUGCGCUUUCCGAUUGCUAUGGCAAAAUUUCUAGGAAAUACAACCGCCAAAUACCGCUGGUUUGCCGUUUUAUAUUUGAUUUUGAUGUUUUUCCUCUUCCCACUCGCAAUCUUCGGAAUUUCUCUGGCCGGGAUCGAGGUUCUAGCGGGAGUUGGAAUUCCGAUCCUGUGUCUGCUUGUGUUUGUGGCUAUCAUUAAGGUGCUUCAGAACAAAAGGCCUCAUUGGCUUCCGAAAAAGCUCCAGAAUUGGAAAUUCCUUCCUAUCUGCUUCCGUUCUCUGGAACCACUAGACAGACUUUUCACCAAAAUGUGCGGCUGCUGUAAGAUGUGUAGUAAAAACGAGGAGGCAAACGCCGACAUUGAAAAACAAAUAGACACCAAGUUGUAGUAUUGCAUUCUUCUUUCUUUUGUAAAUAUUCUUCCUCAAGAAUACAUAUUUUGAAUUUUGAAAUUUUGCAGAGUAAAUUAUCUGGUAUAUUUUAAAAUUUGGAAUACCUGUCUGCAAACCAAUUAUGAAUGCCAACGUAAAUCAAAAUGCUCUUCGAUUAGGUCUUGUAACAGAAUGUGUUCAUCAUUUGAAUCAAUGUAAAUAUCCAUAACCAUGACGAUCUGUUAAAAUCCACAGAGAGAGAGAGAGAGAGAGAGAGAGAGAGAGAGAGAGAGAGAGAGAGAGAGAGAGGAGAGAGAAAGAAAGAAAGAGAGGGGGAGACAGACACACAGAUGGAGCAUACUUAUCUGGGGUAUUUGAUGUGGAUGAUUUAAUUGACAAAAAAUAAACAAAACUGUGAUAUAAAGUUUUCGUUUGAAGGAAACUACUUGUAUAUUAUUUUUAUACACGUAUUGUUAUGUAUUUGUAGGACCUAUAAGGUAUGCCUGAAAUAUAUUUUUAUAUUUUAUAGUA